UUACAUCGGCCGCAACUGCUCUGUGAAUGUGACUGGAUACGCCCUCGAUUCCGCCGAUAGGCUCAUGGUCCUGGAGACCUGUGGGCAGACAAGCAACAUUCCAAUGGAGAGCAACCCAGUCAGUGCACAGCAGCUCAUCAACCUGAAUGAGACAUUCAGCUACUCAUUCGGACAAACUAUGGCGCCGGGGGGAUUGGGGGCGAGACUGUGCUGGUAUGGACCCAUGAAUCGAAGGGACAGGUACCGAAAUGCAUUGUUGUGUGCAGGUGUGCUGGAGGGAGCGAUUCGGGCUGCCUGAUUGCCUCCCACUUCACCGUCGACCUUGGCCCCCUUGUGUUCGUUGGUGCGACACACAUAGUAUGGGAACACGAUGAAACACGGUGCUGAUGCUUGUGACGCCUGCAUAGGUCCCAUGGCCUCGUCCAGCUCGUGCUUCAGAGGACAGAACUGCUCUAUCGGCCUCAACACGACAUUUCCGUCCAUCAUGGCGACGAGCGACACUCUGCGGGGGCACACCAUGAUUCGACCAAGCUGCUCCGCUGGACUCAU